AUGUCGUCCGAAGGCGAGGACUUCAACGAGGACAACACGUCUGGUCUGCCUCAAAAUCAAAAGAAGCGAAGGAUACAACGAGCAUGUGACAUCUGCAGGAGGAAGAAAAUACGAUGCGACGGAGUUCAAAUGCCCGGAAAUCGUUGUUCAAACUGUAUAUUGUGCAGUUUCGAUUGUACAUAUGUUGAGGCAGCAAAGAAACGAGGUCCUACAAAGGGUUACGUGGAAAUUUUGGAACGUCGCGUGGAAAUGCUGGAAGAAGUUUUGCGGAGGUUAUGCCCAGACCAGAACAUUUUGACAGAGCUCCACAUUGCCACAGACCGAGAAAGCCAGUCCCCUGACGCUGCUGUAAAAGCAGAGCAAGUCUGUAGCUCCGCUUCCUUGCCGCGCUCUGUCAACGUAGCCACAUCCAUCAUCAGUAGGAUCGGUGAACCCGGCGCCGACCAGAAGGAGGAAGUCUUUGUCGAUUCAACUCUCAUAGAAACCUUGAAAAAACUUGACAUCGAUAGGUCCAGUGACAAGAUCGAAGAGAGAUUUUUCGGGAAAUCGAGUGGACCUAGUCUCAUUCAGACCGCGAUGGAGCUCAAGAGUGAGUACGUGAGCAGCGACAACUUCAAGGCCCCUCCUUCAAUGAGUCUCGACCACAAGCGCCCUGAAUUUUGGGGAACACAACCCUGGGAAAAAUGCGUUGGAGGUGCAGACAACCCAUCGAUACCAUUUGAAUCAUUUCCUGAUCGGGAUCUCAUGGAGCAACUCGUCGAUGCUUUUUUCCUGCACCUCAAUCUUUAUCAAGCCGUCCUUCAUCGGCCAACUUUUGAGAGGUCCGUUGCAGAAAAUUUACAUCUCGACAAUACCGGCUUUGCAUGCACUCUUCUCCUCGUCUGCGCUAUCGGAUCACGGUUCUCAGAGGAUCCGCGAGUAUUCCUUGAAGGACACGAUUCACUUCAUUCCCGUGGGUGGAAGUGGUUUCAGCAAGUACAGACUGUUAGGUCGCUUCUAGUCUCACCCUCACUGUACGACAUGCAAUUCUACUGUCUCUCGGUAAUGUUUUUGAAAGACUCUUCUGCUCCUCAGUCAUGUUGGUCCAUGGUUGGCAUUGGUAUCCGGCUGGCACAGGAGGUAGGCGCACAUAGGCGUAAAGCACAGGACCAUGUGAUGACCGUAGAAGAUGAGCUGUGGAAGCGCGCCUUCUGGUUUCUGGUCUGUUUGGACAGGGCGUUUAGCACCGCUCUCGGUCGCCCCUGUGCGAUUCAAGAUGAAGACUUUGACCUUGACAUGCCCAUUGAGUGUGAUGACGAAUACUGGGAACAUCCCGAUCCUUCGCAGCGUUUUAAGCAACCCGCAAAUAAACCUUCGCUUAUCAGUUACUUCAUUCUCGACAUCAAGCUACACCAGAUUGCAAGCUUUGCCUUGCGUACAAUCUAUUCGAUCAACAAGUCCAAAAGCUUGCUUGGCUUAGUUGGCCCUCAGUGGGAGAAGCAUAUAGUGGCGGAGCUUGACUCGGCUCUCAACAAAUGGGUGGACUCAGUCCCGAAUCACUUGCGCUGGGAUCCAAACCGCGAAGACGAUAGAUUCCUCAAGCAAUCUAUCGUACUAUAUGCGACCUACUAUCACAUCCAGAUUCUUGUCCAUCGUCCAUUCAUCCCAUCGAAAAACCACCCAUCGCCCUCUCCAUUUCCUUCCUUGGCCAUCUGCACCAAUGCCGCAAGGUCUUGUAGCCAUGUUGUUGACAUUCUGCAGAAGAGGAAUUUCAUCCCUCCGCCGCUACUUCAGUUACCUGCAUUCACAUCCGGGAUUGUAUUGCUGGUCGGCAUCUGGGGAGGGAAGCGCUCGGGUCUAUCAAUAGAUCCGAAUAAAGAAAUGUUGUCUGCUUACAAAUGCAUGCGGAUGCUAAGGAAGUCCGAGGACCGGUGGCAUUCAGCAGGUCGCCUAUGGGAUAUCCUAAACGAGUUAGCGUACAUCGGAGACCUUCCUCUCCCACAGCCUAGUCCACCUGCGAACAAGCGCGAAAGGGAUUCUGAGGUCCCUAUGGCCUCUCUUUCCUCCCCCAAGGAUGAUUCCCCAUCACCGAGCGACGUUUCAAGAAACAUUUCUGGUUUACAACGCGUGACCAGGUAUGUGCCUAUACCCAUGAGACACCUCCCGUUGCCACAAGAGACGCGUUCCGCCGCUCAAGAAGGCCAGCCCCAAACGCAAGACCAACUUCCCCUUCUUCCUCCUCCUUCGCAGGCGCACAGACCGCUACACGCACAGCGGUCAUUGGAUAAUCUUCAGCCACCCCAGCCGUCAGAGUGCUAUAGGCUACCGACGUACGGCAAUGAAUUCGCAACAUUGCCUCCGCAUGGCGACUUUUCGAUGACCGAACAGUCACCGCUUGACUAUCAGUCGCACAGCUACUGGUAUCCUCCAACCGAGCUUGCGAGUGGGAGUGGGACUACGAACACAAACGUUACCCCUCCAAUAACUGGCAACUCUGACACAUGCAGUUCUUCCUCCACAUUCAGCUACCGACAUCCCGUUGUCACCGAAACAAAAUUUUCAACGCAGGGAUAUGGUGUGAUUGGCGGUGGGGCUGGGAGUUUGAUGGACACAACGGGCUCGAGUGCGAUGUACAAUCUCUCCGCACCACACAAUUACUAUCCAGGGGCGCCGGAUUCGGACACAGAUUCCUAUAUCGCGUCCACGAGAUCAAAUGGAAAUUCCUACGCCGGGUCGUCAAGUCCAAGUGGGGGAUCCUAUGCUGCCCCCGCAAUAUCAAGCACACCUUCACAUGCCGCCUCCGCCUUGGCAGUGAAUAGUAUGAGGAUGUACAGGGGCCAGUCGUCGGGCGGUGGUGGGAUGGUCUAUGCACCGCAGAGUUCUCAUCUUAGGCUUGUGGACAAGUAUGCUGAACAACGGCAAACUCCGUACAUCGACCCAGAUUUGAUGUCGACGUGGUCUACCGUUCCGACUGGGUUUGCACUAGAAGACUGGGGAUCAUAUUUAUCGAAUAUUGGCGAACUGGCGACUCAGCAUCCUCAGGGACAUAUUAUCCACGGAUAG